CCAAGGAAGAACACAACGAGAGCGAAACUAAACAUAUUGCGCAGCGGGAGAGAGAGAUAUAUAUGUAUCUAUACACAAACAAGAAUAGAGAGGAACGUUGAUAUGUUCUCAGAAGUAUUGAAAAUUUGAGCUCCCGCUUUCUCGGCCUUCCUCGAUCUGUGCCCUUAAGGUUUUCCUUCACACGCUGUUCGAUUCGCCACUCCCGAGAGUUUUCUCGAUCUGUUCUGUCACUUCCCCAAUUUUCUUGGGUUUUGAAUUGGAGCGACGAUUCAAUAAUCUUGAAAGCGAAUUGCAGCAUGAGCAUCGAUAGCCCCGGAGUAGGGGAGAAUUAGGGUUUUCAAGAUUCCGGCCGAAGCGGAUUUGGGGGAUUUCCAUGGGCGAUGGAGGCGUCGCAUGCAUGCCUUUGCAGCAGCAGCAUCAUAUGGAGAGGUUUCCAAUUCCGGAGAAGACGCUCUAUGGUAACGGAAGCAAGAAUGGGAGCAAUAGCAACAACAAUGGGUUCAAUUCCAAGUCGCUCAAGUUGGCUGACACGGAGCGAAAGAAGAAGAUGAAGGUGAAGAAAGAGCAAUUCGCGAAGAACGGAGAGUCCGAAAAGAGUGAUUUGGGAUUCAAUAGAGGUAAAAAGAGUAGUAGGGAAGUUGAAAAUGGUGAAACUUUUGCUGAGAAGGUACAGAAGGAAGAGGUAGAAGAGGGUGAAUUAGGGACUUUGAAUGGAGAUUUUGUGUCUCGGAGAAGUGAAAUUGAGAAGGGAGAGAUUGUUGAUAAAUGGAGAAGAAGUGAGGUGGAGAAAGGAGAGGUUGCUUAUGGUAAGUGGAGGAAAGAUGAGGUGGAGAAGGGUGAGAUAGUGCCGGAGAAGACUAGGAGAGGAGAAGCAGAGAGAGUGGAUUUUGGGUCGUGGAGAGGCUCAAAAGAUGAGAUUGAAAAGGGAGAGUUCAUUCCAGAUAGAUGGCAUAAAGGGGAAGCACCAAGGGAUGAGUACAAUCAUUAUAAAUCACGCAGGUAUGAGUUGGGUAAUGAUAAGGGGAGUAGAUUUGAGGUUGAGCGUACACCACCUUCUGGGAAGUAUUCGGGGGAUGAUAGUUUCCGUAGGAAAGAGUUCAACAGAAAUGGAAGUCAGCUCUGCAAAAGUACUCCCAGGUGGGAGAGUGGUCAGGAGAGGAAUAUAAGGAUCAGUUCAAAAAUUGUAGACGAGGAAGGUUUGUAUAGGAAUGAAUACAGUAAUGGGAAGAACCAUGGGAGAGAUUACUCUUCUGGUAACCGGUUGAAGCGGUAUGGCACUGAUUCGGAUAGCACAGAGCGGAAGUAUCAUGGAGAUUACGGGGAUUAUGUGGAAAGGAAGUCCUUAAUAACAACAAGAGGACAAUGA